UAUCGAAAAUAUAUUCCAUAGAAACAGAAUUAUGAAUGUAUUCAUCGAUUGUUCUAAUUGAAAUUCAUUAAGUUUUUUUAUUUAAAUAUAUACAUAACUUCCUGUCAACUUAAGUGCUGUGAAUUUUUUCAUAACAACAACCGGUUUAAACAUUUUCUUUAAUUUAUUAAAUUAUUAGUUAUUCAGUGCAGAUUUGUGAUAGUAAUAGGACUAUAGUUUUUCAAAAUGUUGUCUUCAUUAUAUCGUCAGAACGCAAAGUUAUGGCCGCAGUUCGUCAGCAGUGUGCGAACGGCCAGUCAAGUGCAAAAACCAAAGACGGCUAUAAUUAUGUUGAAUAUGGGAGGUCCACAGACUGUUGAUCAAGUAGGCGACUACCUCCACCGCAUCAUGACGGACAGGGACAUGAUCCAACUGCCCGUACAAAGCAGACUCGGGCCGUGGAUAGCGAGCCGCAGGACAGAGGAGGUGAAGAAGAAGUACCAGGAGAUUGGUGGUGGCUCACCGAUAUAUAGGUGGACUGAUUUACAAGGAAAACUCCUAACAGAGGCGUUAGACCAAAUGUUACCAGCUUCCGCGCCACACAAACAUUACAUAGCGUUCAGAUAUGUACCACCUUUCACUGAAGAGGCUUUGGAACAAUUGGAGAGCGAUGGAGUAGAAAGAGCGAUUAUUUUCUCCCAAUACCCACAAUACAGUUGUGCUACGACUGGCUCCAGUUUAAACGCUAUAGCUGACUUUUAUAAAGACAGGAAACGACCGAACAUCAAAUUCAGUAUGAUUGAAAGAUGGGGUAAUAAUCCCCUUCUAGCUACAGUAUUCGCGGAAAGAAUUAAGGAGAAGCUGUUACUGUUUGACGGCAGUGUACGGAACCAAGUUAUGAUUAUGUUCACAGCGCACAGUCUGCCACUUAAGGCGGUAUCCCGCGGCGACACAUACCCGCAUGAAGUGGCCGCUUCAGUAUCGGCAACUAUGGCGAAGUUACAAGUGCCGAACCCACAUAGAUUGGUGUGGCAGUCGAAGGUUGGACCGCUGCCGUGGUUACAGCCUUAUACCGAUGAUGCUAUUAAGGCGUACGCGAAACAAGGCGUGAAACACAUGAUCCUAGUGCCUAUUGCGUUUGUGAAUGAACACAUAGAAACUUUGCACGAAUUGGACAUUGAAUAUUGUGACGAAGUUGCUAAAGAGGCGGGCGUAACACAAAUAGAAAGAGCGGCAGCACCAAACGAUCAUCCGACAUUCAUAGCUGCGUUAGCUGACGUAGUUGCGAAACACAUCACAACCGGACCAGCCGUUUCGAGGCAAUAUCUGUCUAGGUGUCCACACUGCGUUAGUAAGAGGUGUGAAUCUUCGAAGGCAUUUUACAAGGAUUUUUGCAAUUUUGAUUACAACACUGAGCCUCAAAUGACAAAAGUUUAAUAAAUAAUUUAGACAAUCUGUCUUUUAA